AUGAAGUCAAUCACUAUCAUCUUUACUAUUCUCGUUUCUACUGCCCUCGGCGUUAUCAUGCCUACUCCCACUAACUCUGCUACUCCCUCUGGGGCCGGAGUUGAAGCCGAGAAAGCUCGUAUUAAUGCCAAACCGAAGCCUUCUACUAAGGCAUCUUAUGGUGGGCCUAAGAAUGGACAUGCAUGCUCAGAAGAUUCUGAUCCCACCACCUCCAUUCUCUUUCGUUUUACUAGCACCUACUCCCUCGUUGCUACUGCCGAUCAGGUUGUCAACGCUACAGACAUGCCUGCCAUUGGGGAGCAAGAUGCAAUUGGAUAUUUCAACUAUGGGAUUAAUAGCCGCGAAAAUGUUAUUUGCUAUAACAUCACCCUUCUAGGAGUUACUGGAGAAUACCAGUCUGCGGCUCUCACUGCUACCCAUAUUCAUCAAGCCACGAUUGGAAAGGCUGGACCUCCUCGUAUUGCGUUUCCAAACCCUAUUGGGAAUGGCACACGUCGCAAUUCUAUAGGUUGCCUCAAGGCACCUUUCAAAACUGGAGUCAUUGCCAAUGGUCUUGAUACUGGCGAGGGCUUCUCCGUGAGCCAGAUUGAAGAUAACCCAAGGGGUUUUUUCACCGAUGUCCAUACGAGGAAGUAUCCUCUCGGAGCUUUGAGAGCUCAGCUUUGGAGGAAUCUGGACGGAAGUAAAUAUAGUUGGUGA